GUUGUAGACCACGUUGUUGGUUUCAACAUACAGAAUGGCGUACAAAAGGCCAACCUUUUGAUAGUUGCAUUCGAGGCGGUCAUCCAUAUGGAGUAGCGCCGCUGAUCAAUGGCUCUUUACCCCUACCCAAUCUAGGGCCCGUAAAUAAAAAGCGACCUUAACCACCAACGAAUAGAGCGACUUGCUGUUUGCAUUUCUUCCGCAGGAAAAAACCUAUCGUUGAUUUACCAUGACUAUCAAAGACCCUCUCGACAUUAGCCAAGCUGACAUUGAUGCCCUUAAGCACCGCUAUACACAAGCCGGUCAGGGUCACCUUUUUACCUUCUGGCAUGAUUUAACUCUGGAGCAACAAGCUGAGCUUUUCGGUCAGCUUGAGGACAUAGAUGUUGAACGCGUCAACCAGAUAUAUAGCAAGUCAAUCUCUGGAGGCGCAGUUACUGCAAGUGAUAACUUGGAACCUCUACCUGACCACGUUUUCGAUUCCGUCCAAACUGCAUCUCCCGAUAGUAUUCGCGCAUGGAACGAGUCUGGAAUGAAGUUGAUCUCUGAAGGAAAGGUGGCUGUCAUUCUGAUGGCUGGUGGACAAGGAACCAGACUAGGAAGCUCUGCGCCAAAGGGCUGCUAUGAUAUCAAUUUGCCAUCUCACAAGUCUCUGUUUCAACUUCAGGCAGAGAGAAUUUUGCGUUUGCAAAACUUGGCAAAGGAAAUGUAUGGUGUCAAUUGCGAAAGCGUCAUUCCAUGGUACAUCAUGACAAGCGGUCCUACUCAUGAACCUUCGUAUCAAUUCUUCAAAGCCAACAAAUUCUUUGGUUUGAAAGAAGAAAAUGUUACAUUUUUCCAGCAGGGCACACUGCCAUGCUUGACUAUGGAGGGAAAAAUCUUGUUAGAAACUAAGCAUCGAGUUGCUAUUGCUCCAGACGGCAACGGUGGAAUUUAUCAAGCUUUACAUAAAGAAGGAGUCAUCAAGUCGCUGAAAGAUCGUGGAAUCGAAUUCUCGCACUGCUACUGUGUGGACAACUGCUUAGCUCGUGUUGCCGACCCUACUUUUAUUGGCUAUUGCGCGUCUAAGAGCACUGACUGUGGUGUCAAGGUCGUCGGAAAGAGUUCCCCCGAUGAGCCUGUCGGUGUUGUCUGUCUACGUGAUCAGAAGUAUGGAGUUGUUGAAUACUCUGAAAUAUCGCAAGAAGUCUCAGAAAUGCGCAAACCCGAUGGAAGUCUGGCAUUUGGAGCUGCCAAUAUUGCCACACACUUCUUUUCCACGCAAUUUUUGGAAAGAGUUCCAGAAUUUGCUGAUGAGCUAGAGUAUCAUAUUGCCAAGAAGAAGAUUCCUUCCGUAGAUUUGAAAAAUGGAGACCUUUUGGCACCCAAGACGCCAAAUGGAAUGAAGUUGGAAUGCUUUGUUUUUGAUGUGUUUGCCUAUGCCCACAACUUGUCAGUGCUGCAAGUCAACAGACUGGAUGAAUUUUCACCUUUGAAGAAUGCUCCUGGAACUGGUGUUGAUUGCCCUGAAACAUCACGUCGUGAUAUCAUCGCACAACAUGUCCGCUUCAUUGAAGAUGCCGGUGGUAAGAUCAUAUCACAAGGCAAAGGUGAACAUACCUUGGAGCUAUCGCCACUCGUGACAUACGCUGGUGAAGGUCUAGAAAUCGUCCGCGGAAAGACUCUGAACACUCCAGCUAUCAUUGAAUCCAGGGAAGACUUGAUUCGUUGUUUUUUGUGAACCUUUAAAUUGUAGGUCAGUUGAGUCCUGCUGUGAUGAAGCUCAGUCAGGAAUCUCAUUAGCGAAUAUUCCACAUAACCAAUAAAGAUGGAUGCCACCAGUGGCAAAUGCAACCUUUUA